GGUCGGCCUUCCUUCCCAGGUGCAAGGCGGUGCAGCUGACCAGCAUGGAAUACGCUGCCAAGUCACUGAGCUUUCUCUAUCCCAAGUCCCGCUCCAGGCGCUGGGCCGUGGGCACCUCGGUGGUGACCGAGCAGCUGCUGUCGGAGGCCGGCCCUGAGCCCUACAGGGCCCGUCCUUGGCGCGUGAGCACCGCAGAUCGCAGCGUACGCAAGGGUGUCUUGGCGCACAGCCUGGAGGAUCUCAGGUGCAAGGUCCGGGACGCCCUGAAGCUGGCAGACAGGCCCUUUUCGCUGGUGCUGGAGGAAGAUGGCACGAUGGUGGAGACAGAGGACUACUUCCAGGCUCUGGCGGCAGAUACCGUGUUCAUGGUCCUCCAGAAGGGGCAGCGUUGGCAGGCCCCAUGGGAACAGGCAAGAGGGCCCACCUGGUGCUGGGGGACUAGGGGCCAACUGUCCCUUUCCCGUGAGAACACCAAGAAGAUUGACGUGGCCCGUGUCACCUUUGACCUGUACAAGCUGCACCCUCGGGACUUCCUGGGCUGCCUGAACGUGAAGGCCACCCUCUAUGACACGUACUCACUCUCCUACGACCUGCACUGCCAGGGGGCCAAGCGUGUCGUCACGGAAGUGCUGCGCUGGGCGCUGCUAGGCAUGCGGGCCACAGGCCACAUACUGCUCGGCACCUCCUGGUACAUGCAGAGGCUCCUGGAUGCCACCGAGGACAACCAGCAGCCGCCUGAGGGCAGGGCCUCUUCCCUCUUGCCCACUUGUCUGCGGAUUCUGCAUUGAGAGCCCAAGCCCUCCGAGAUCCCUGCCCAGCACCAGGUGGGGUCCCCAGUACUCUCUGGGGGUCUCACCCAUGAGCACAGCUGAAGUGUACAACUCUCACUCCCCCACCCCUGCCCCCUUCACAUACAGGCCUGUGUCUGAGGAAACAGCAGGAAGGGCUGGGAGUCUGGGCGGGCCAGCCAAAGGAGAACUCCUGGGCCUGGCUGUGGGAGUGUCACCAAUUGAACCAGGGGCCCUAGCAGGCGAC